GGCCAAGGGGCUGGAGCCCUGAUCCCGCUGCCCAUGUUGGAGUGAAGGGCAGAUUCAGGUCAUCUCCCUGACUCAUCCUGAAGGACAGAGACUAGAUGGAGAACAUGGCAGGUUUCCCAGAAUCCUUCACAUCCAGAUUCCUCGUCAUCCUCCUCUUUCACCAGCUGCUCACAAUGGGUUCAGCUCAGUUUUCUGCGAUUGGACCUGCUGAGCCUGUCCUGGCCUUGGAGGGGGGAGACGCUGAGAUGCCCUGUCACCUGAACACUAAGGAAAGCGCUGAGUUUAUGGAGAUGAGGUGGUUCCGAUCCCAGCCCUCUAAUGUCGUGCACCUGUACGAUAAUGGAGAGGAGCUGUUUGGAAAUCAGAUGAAUGAGUAUCGAGGGAGGACGGAGUUGGUGACAGACGCCAUAGAUUAUGGGAGUGUGGCUGUAAGAAUACGCCAUGUCAGAGUCUCUGAUGAGGGAAACUAUCACUGUGCUUUCUAUGAUGUCUUCCAUGCUGACAGAGCCCUCCUGGAGCUGCAGGUGGUCGCUCCCCUCUUCCAGACGGCUUUGUCCUUGAUGGUGGCCCUGGGAGUGACCCUCCCUGUGCUGGGACUGCUCAUCGCUGGGGGUCUUUAUCUCAUCUGGAAACACCCCAGGGACAAAGAGAAAUUCCUGUUGGAGCUCAAGCAGACACUGGUACAGUUACAUCCCACCAUCGUCACUCUAGAUCCAGACACGGCGCAUCCCAACCUCGUCCUGUCCGAGGAUCGGAAACAGGUGACGCGGGGAAACACAUGGCAGGACCUUCCCAACAACCCGGAAAGAUUCAGUGAUUGUGGCUGUGUGCUGGGCCGCGAGCGCUUCACCUCCGGGAGACAUUGCUGGGAGGUGGAGGUCGGGGAGAAAGGAGCCUGGGAUCUGGGGGUUUGCAGAGAAAAUGUGAGGAGAAAAGGGUGGAUUUCAGCGUCCCCUGCGGAUGGAUUCUGGACUUUAAUGAAAGAUAAAGAUAGAUACUGGGCCCGAACUUCUCCCUGGACACCGCUCUCCCUGAGCACCCGCCCCUUCCGGGUGGUGGUUUACCUGGAUUACGAGGCUGGAGACGUCUCCUUCUUCAGUGGCACUGACGGAUCCCACAUCUACACUUUCCCCCGCGCCGCCUUCUCGGGGACCCUCCGACCUUUCUUUUGGCUUUGGUCCCGUGACCCAACCCCCCUGACCAUCUGCUCUGUGCCCGGUGGGGCUGGGGGUGACCCGGUCCCUGCCCUCUCUCAAGACACCUCGGUGACCCCACCAGGGGUGGGACCAGCCUCAGCCGCUGGGGACGGGGAUCCCCUCCCUGGGGCCGAUGCCCCAUUGCUCCCCGCCCAGCCCAGCCCCGGGGUCCCUCCUGCCCCUUAGGGAACCGUCCUGCCCUCUGACCCCUGCAGCUCUUUGUCCCCUCGAGGGCCGCAGCUACCUGUGUGCCCGCCUCCUCUGCUGUGGAAUGGGUGGGGAGGAAGGAGCGAAUGGGGAAAAUUGUAUGAGGAAGAAUCAGCAGGAUAUAGUGGCAGCGUGAAGUAGUGGCACAGCCUUAUGAUCAACGGGCCGGAGAGUCAGAGGAUCCAGGUUGAAAUCCCAGCUCUGCAACUGUCCG